AGUCGCGAACGCGACUCGCGAGUCGCCCCAUCUCACCUUCCCACCCGCCGCCGCCGCCGCCCUUUUCCACUCCGUUCGUCCCUCCCUCCAUCCCUGGCUCCUCGACGCGACGAAUCUGCGGGCUGCAGAUCAAGGAUACAUCGCAUCACACUUCGAAGUAAACCAUGGCUCUGUUGGCAUCCACUACUGUCCCAGAAGUAGAGCUGAAGAUGGACAACAACGUGCCCCAUGCUAUUAAGCUAGUAAUGGCAAUGUCGUCGGCGUCGCCGGAAUUGACGGUUGGGGAACACAACAAGAAGUUGAUGAUAAGCCGUUCUACGCUGUGGAUACUUGCUGUCUACAGGCCAUCUGUUUUCAUUCUCUUCUCAGCAGGAACCGUCUACGCCACUAGGGGCUGGGACUACCAAUGGUGCCUGCCAGUUGCCUUGCUGUCCAUCUACCAGGCGGCGGUGAUGUUCGCACUUGGGCACCUGGCCCUCUUUGUGCCCCGGACACCCUUUGCGGUGUGUGAAGCUCUCGAUGAGGUUGGUUUCAAGGAGAUUGGCUUGGGUGUCAUCAUCAGCUCUGCCAUAGUGGUACUCUUCUUCUAUAACCAGCCAUGGGUGUUGGUCACCUGGGCUGGUCUUUUGGCUGCCCUUAUAGCCGCUGUCCUUAAGUUAUGGCUCUGCCUUGUUCGGGUGUACGGAAAUGAAUUAGACUCCUAGUUAGCUAGGUGGUUACCUUGCUAGCCGCUUGCUUAUUACGUAGUUGAAAACCACCUAGGCAGCUAGGUGGUUAUCUUGCUUAUUACUUGAAAACCAGAUGCUGCAUGUGAGUCAAUGUGCAAGGAGUUUGUUGCCAGCUUUGUAAAACUAUGAAUACUCCCUCCGUCCCAUUAUGUAAGGCGCGCACGUAAUUUAAGAUUCAAACUUUAAAAAUUUUGACCUACAAUUAAUCUUGUUUGAUAAAAA